AUGAGCAAACCUCCAUCUCGUCGCAAUCCUCGCAUCAGAGCCUUUGAGAUUGAGACUGACGGCGUUGAUACCAGUAGGGACUAUAGAGCCCCGUCGCUAAGUGCGACUGGCGUAGACGACAGUACGAUUUCUACUGGGGCCACUGUGCUAACAAGUUCCACGAGCCUCAGCACAGACCCUUUGCAGCUGACCAACAAGAGUGACUCGCCUUUGCCGUUGUCAUUUUCAGCACCGGAAUCGUUUUCAGCAUCAGCAUCAGCAUUAGGCUAUGCCCGUGACCAUGAAUUCCCUUCUGACCAUCAGGAUCCUCAUGCAGCUGAUCUAGGCGGAGACUUGACUUCAGCUGUGCUGGGCAUUGUGAAGGCCAUGGUUGGUCCCGCUAUUUUGUAUCUUCCCCAUGGCUUUGUGGCUGCAGGCUAUUUGGUAGCAUUGCCCAUCAUGGCCAUUAGUACCGCCAUGUACUUGCAUUCGAGCAGAUGUCUCUUGGAGGCUUUCAAGUUUGAAUCUCAAAAAGAGUUGGUCCCGCAGCAAGAUCUUGCCAAUGACAAUGACAUGGAACACAACCCUCACAGUAAUCCUCACAGCGCCACUGCCAGUGGUGCUAGAAACACAGCACCAGAGGCAGCAUUAGCAGCAUCUAGCAUACCUACCGCCACCAACCUCUCAUAUCCUGACUUGGCAUACAGAGCGUUUGGAACCAAGGGAGAAACUCUGGUCAAGGUGGGGAUUGCUCUCAUGCAGUCAGGAGUGUGCCUCACGUACGCAAUCUUUGUACCACACAAUCUACACUCAUCUCUGCUCACCAUGUUCAAUCUAGACCUACCACCAAAUUUCUACCUUUUCCUCAUGGUCUGUCUGCAGAUCAGACUAUCUUUCAUUCAAGAUAUUAGAAAGUUUACAACUACAAAUGCAAUCGCAAACGCUUGCAUUCUUUAUGGGCUAAUCAUUUGCCUCUAUUUUGCAUUUGGGCAAGCCACUGCACCUUACGAACCUGACGAAAGCAACAACGACAACGAGCACAACAACAACAACAACAACAACAACAGGUUCAGCAGUGGCUAUGGAAGUAUCAAUUCUGCCAUUCUACCAGUGCUUACAGAUGCUCCUAUUGCCGGCCCACUCACCAAUUUGUGGGAACACUUCAUACAUCUCAGCCCACUCGGUGAUCAUUGGAUUCUCUUUAUUGGUACUUCGGUGCUUUUGUUCGAAGGAUCCAUUACGCUCCUAUUGCCACUGCAACAAGCUGUAGACGACACUCACAAAGAAGAGUUCCCAACAGUGUAUCGGAGAGUCAUUCUCUCCAUUCAAGUUUUCUAUGUGAUUUUCGCCGUAUCUUGUUGGAUGUCUUUUGGAGAUUCCGUCAACACAGUACUCACCACAAGCCUCCCACCGGGCUUCCUGGCCACCACGGUGCAGUUGGCAUACUCGGUAGCUGUCUUGUUCACGUUCCCGCUGCAAAACUAUCCAGCACUGGAGAUUGCAUCCAAAUCCAUGCAACAAUAUUUGCAACCACACAAUUCGGCACCGUGCUUAUCGCCGCCCACAAAGGAAGUUUUGAGGCAACGACAUAUCAUUGCUGCCAUAUUGGUUUGCAUCCUGGCGAUUGUGGCUGUGACUACUAUGGACUCACUCGACAAGGUGGUGUCGCUCACUGGAGCACUCAUUGGGAUCCCCAUUGCGUUUAUGAUUCCGCCGAUGAUCCAUUCACAGUUGAUGGCUACGCAAGUGUCGCCACAACGGCUUCAAAUCAACCUUGCUGUGACACUAUUGGGGUCUGUUGCCAUGGUUGUGGCUUCUGUCACUACUAUCCUGCAAUGGAACGAUUAG